AUCAAUAAACAACAUACCGCAUAAUAAUGUAGAAACCAUCCAUACCAUAUCUUCUUGUCCUUUUGAUUUCCUGAAAAAUAGACAUUUGUUCAACAGCUCAUGUGUGUAAAAUGAAUGCAGUUAUAGCCCUGUGUCACUUUUGUGAGAUUCAUGGACCUCGAGUCCUCUUCUGUACACAAGCCCACCACGCUGCUGAACCACAGCAUGUACUCGACGGAAAAGGAGAGGAGUACAACACUACGUUUGGACAUCACUUCCACAAACGACCGCGGUCAUCUACAAAUGAGUCUUUAGGUUCGGUCAGUAGUGACCUCACAACGUGUUCCUCUGCUUCAUCUACUGAACAUUGUGAGGCAUGUAGAUCUUUUCAGCCGGGUCAGCCAGGUUUCAUCAGUAAUGACCAUGAAGCCAAGAUUAGCUACAUCAGUUCUCAGAACCCUGAACAUCCAGAGUUGUUUACCAUCAUAAGACAGGCAUGCAUUAGGAGUCUCAGCUGUGAGAACUGUCAGGGACGGGAAGGACCGAUCUUCUUUGGUGAUGAUUACUAUGGUUAUACUCUGAGCUACAUGUUCUUCAUCAAAGACACCCAAGCUAGAGGACUUCAGAGAGGCUACAGUAUCAUUGUAGUCAUGAUGGAUAAGAUUUACCUUCUAAAUUCUUGGCCGUUCCUUGUCAAGCAUAUGAAAUCACUCAUUGAUGAACUCCAGUCAAAGGCUAUCAAGGUGUAUGAGCAGGAGCAGACACAGCGGAAUCAACGUGCUGAACGUCUUCACAGGGAGUUCCUCUCACCUGGAGACUUCUACCGUGGUGGGGUCAACAAGCCCUUCAGAGGACUGGUAGUCCUGACGGGAGAUAUCAACCUCUUUAGGUACCUUCAUAUGAGGUUUUCCUGGAUCUUGAAGGCUGGAGGAAACAGGAUGACUGAGAAGGUCCUGGAGGGACCUCCUUUAGAGGAAGCUGUAGAUCUUGACGAUGAUGAAGUGACGGAGGAAGGAUUCAUUAAGGUAUCUACUAAGCCAGCUGUACCAUCAUCCCCUGAAGACCACACCCAACAAGAGGAACACCAAUCAGAGGAUGAGUUAGAGGGAGACGAUGGACCGGUCUUUUCAUCACUACAACAUCUCAGAGCUGUUCUUGGUAGUCUCAACUUCCAUGAUGUUGCUUACAAUGUUUUAAUUGGAAAUCAACUGAUUGCCAGAGCUGAUUGCAAGAGCACUCUCAAAUCUCUCUUCAAAGUCCUCAAGGUGAUCCUUCCAGCUGGAUGUUGCCGCAUCAUCAGCCACAGUUCCUCCUAUCAGGCUUCCUACAAGUGCAAUUUCCUGGGUCUAAGCUCCGAUACUGAGCUUCCAGAACACGUGAUCACCUCAGAGGUCUACCUCCUCUUAGAUGUGACCAAUCCGAUGAACCUGAGACAGGAUUCUAACAUAGUGGUGUCUAAGAUGGCAGGACCCUUCAAGGGAUAUGGCAUCUCUAUCACAAGCAGCUCAGUUGUACCUGAUAAAGUGCCUACGAUCCUGUCAAGAAUAGUGACAACACUGAACAACAAUGACCUUACUCCAGAGAUUGUCGUGACUGUUCUAACUACACUCAAAGAAGAAUGGAUGAAUAAAGUCAAGUUGCUUUUCAAGUUUACAAGAGCAGGGUCACACUCAGAGGAAGAUACAGAGAAGCUUCUCAAGAUUCUUCAAGCAAAGGAAGAGGAUAAACCCCUCUUAAAAUUCUGGAUCACUGGACUUAGCUCACAGUACAGGUCCCAUCUACUCACUUCAACGAUGGGAACAACAUGAAUGUGCAUACGUGGGACUGUGGAUUAUGCUGAUGCUUGCCUUCUAUGAUGUGUAUAUACAAUGAAGUUAUGAUAUAUAAUGAUGAUAUUCUGCUUUAUUGAUGUUAAUACAUGAGGAGGAUGUCACUUUGCAAUUUCAAAUGUAUUUUUACCCCAGUCCUGGGAUUCUGACUUGCCCGCAUUUGAUGUUUCCUUAAAACAUAUUUUUCGCUUCUACAGUACACAACAGAUUCAAGGACACAGAAAAUGUAUUGUCAAAUGCCCUUCAUAACAAAGAACAACCCAAAAGUCUUUGUCGAAAAUUGGUGAAUCUAAACAGCACUUUCGCCCUUGACUCUGGACAAAUGACAUGUUGGCAAUAGGGUGGAUGCAAUUUUGGAAUUGGACAAUUUGAUUGGCUGUUGAGCAAAAUUGACAUGGUACAACAGAACUUGGGAUUCAAGCAUCAUUUAACCUGAUUAUUUAGAAAGUAAUGUUUGCUUUGUAAGUAACCAACUGAUAUAGCUGCCAACUAUUCCUGUCAUGGAAUAACGAUUCCCACUUUUUGAUCUUCAAGCUUAUGUUACUCACCCUAGAUUCCUCUCUUUUUGUGAAAACUUUUGUGUAUCAAUAUACAUGAUAUCCAUUGUUCCUAUAUUUCCUAAGUCGACUUAGGAAAUUCCUACUUCUUAUGAAAGGUUAGCAGGUAUGGUCACUGAUGGCAUUCAGUCCUAUCCAAUGGACUUUGAUGUGAGGAUUAAAGCCUAAUCAAAGAACAUUAUCACUUUGGCCCAUAUUCUGAAGUCAGGUUUAACUUAGACCAUGGUCUAACUCUGUGCUAAAAUUAUGGGAAGCCAAAAGUGUCAAAAUUUUUAUUAAGUUGUAUGUUUCUUAUGUUUACUGUGCUCUUUCCUGAUUCAUCGAUGGUGAAGACAAUCAUCUAUUUAUACUUCCUAGAAAAUUAUGAAUGAUUUGAGAGCCAAAUGAGCUGAAAUAUGAUAUCUCUACAGUUCGUGAAUUAUAUAACAUUUGGCUAUCCAUACUUAAACCACAACUUUAAACCUGAGUUUAAGUUAAACCCGACUUCAGAAUACGGGCCUUUGAGUUUGUUUUGGUAACAGCUACAAGACUCAAAUCCAUAUCAUUGAAUCAUAUCACUGUGAUCAUCAUAAAAAGCACCAAAGUGUAAUGUCUGUGCUCUGUGGGAAUAAUUUAUUGAGAAGAAAACAGUGCAGUCCAGAUGUUUGAAAAGAAGUUCAUUUAUUAAUGAGCGUCAAAGAGAUGUGAACACUUAAUCAUGAUGGAAAUUUAGACAUGUUAUAAAGUAUACUCUACCAUACAACUUCAUUUCAUGUUAGCAACUUUUGGUCCUAUGUAUUUUUUGGGGGGGUUAAAUUUCGUUAAAUCUGCUGUUGAAUUAGGAUGAACAACUUUAAAUUACAUUGUUGUGAAUUUUCAUAUUGAAAGUCAAGUUAUUAUAUCAGGAAUGCCAGUGGCAAAUGGUCCCAGGGCCUGAGAAUUUUUUGGAAGAUAAAUUAUGUGGGCGCGAAGUGCAUAUCACGAGCGCAAAGUCCAUUUCAGCCAGGGUCAAGUUUUAGGGUUCUAAAUGGUCUCUGAUUCACAAUCUGAGCCUAUUUCAGGGAUCAUUUUUCCAAAAAAAUUAGCUCAAGCUUUGGGGUCAUUUUAUGUUGUAGAGCCUCACUUUACAUGACAUAAUUCAUUAGAAAUAAUGAUGUCUUGAUGAAGUUUACAAGAACAUAGUCAUAGAGUAUUCGAGAUGGCAAACUUAUUUCAUAAGUGCAGCACAGUUAAUCACCACAACACAUGGUUAUAUUCAUUAUCACCCACCCUGAAGGUCCCAAUUUCAACUCCAAAAUCCUUUUAAAAAACUCAAACUUUGCUUUUAAAAAUGCGGAAUCUGUGCCAUAUUUCCAGAGCACGCUGCAGCUUAGCUCAAAUUUAAGAAGCGGGGUCGCCAAAAAAUGAACAAAUCUGCGGUUUUGUUCCGAGUUCGCAAACGUUUUUGCAUAUUUAGUAGGAUCUUAUCUUCAAAAUGACCAAUCAAAGAAAAAACGGAGAAAGUCUACCGCAUUAAAUUUGCACAGAAAUCAAGUUGCCGGCAUGCUAACUGGCAGGCCUACAUUCGACAUGGGGUCCGAGUAUCUUGCAGGAGCAAAUGGCUGCUGCAACUUCCGGGUUGCACAUCGCAUGCGGUGCUCUCUGAACAGCCACGAGAAAACUCGACCAGCCGGAACUUACGGUUUAAAAAAAAUGAAAAACUGGAACUCUCUGGCAUCCCUGUUAUAUAAAUUGUUUUCCAUAUUUAUUCACUCCACUUUAUGUUGACAUAUUUCUUUUCAGGCCUGCCAACUACAAGGAGUAACUCCUUUUUUUUUUGGAAAUUUUUAAUAUACAUUAUAUCAUAUAGGGAAAGAAAACUCCUUUUUUGUCCAGAUAUUAUGUACAGUCAUCCAUGGGAAGUAUGCUGUGACUCCUAUUAUUUAAUAAAUAACUCCUAUUCUAUAUGUUUACAGGUUGAUAGGCCUGUUCUUUCAAUUUGCGAAAUGCCGAGAUUUGAUUCGGGACAAACAAUAUACUGUGUGUCUUACAAAUUGAGCAUUACAUUUAAAAUGCCUCUGAGCGGGUGUCAAGCUCACGAUAGUUUAGAAAAGAGUUUAACAGUAAUACAUUCAUAUAUGCUAUUCUAUUUUUGGUUUUAAAAGCACAUAGGGCAAUAGACAUAUCAGUAUGUUUGGGGGGUUUUCAGUAAUUAUGUUGCACUGUUUCAUUUAAAAAUGUUUUAAUUUGGAAAGUAAGAUUUUCCUUUUUUUUUCAAUAAAUAGGUUUAGUAACAUAUUUCUGGAAAAUAGUAUUUUCUUUGAAAACCUGCCAUAUUUCUGGACGUAAAGUUCAAGAUAAUGCAAAAAAUGGCAUCUCUGUAUAAAGUUUAUCCACAUAAUCCUUGGCUUGUACCUAUUACUUUUAUGUGCUGAUAAUUUUUUUCCCCAACAUUCACACAAGUGGGCACUCAUUAACCUCAUUUU